UGGGAGGCUCCUGAAGGUAGCUGGUCCCCACCCUGCGCCCGUGGGAACGGCCCCGCCUGCCUCUGUGACGUCAUCCGGAACCCGACGAGGCGGGGCCGCGGGUCCAGGCGGCUGGAGGGUCCUCGCCGAGCCGUGAUGAGCGAGGGCAACGCAGGCGACCCGGGCCACGGGUCCAGCCGGCAGCGAGCCGUACACCCAGAGAACCUGUCUCUGGGUCCUAGCUGCUUCUCUCCACCUGUGAACUUCCUUCAAGAGCUGCCAAGCUACCGGUCCGUGGCACGUAGGAGGACAAACAUCCUCUCUCGGGACAAGCAGAGUGGCACCCUGCUGAAGCCAACGGGCUCUUUCAGUUCCCAGCUAGAUGGAGGGAUCACAGAAAACCUCAACAGCCAAUCCAUCCGCAAGUACGCGCUGAACAUCUCCGAGAAGCGGAGACUAAGGGACAUUCAGGAAACCCAGAUGAAGUAUUUAUCAGAGUGGGACCAGUGGAAACGGUACAGCAGCAAGUCCUGGAAGAGGUUCAUUGAGAAAGCUCGAGAGAUGACGACUCACCUGGAACUGUGGCGCAAAGACAUCCGCAGCAUUGAAGGGAAAUUUGGCACAGGGAUCCAGUCCUACUUCUCGUUCCUGCGGUUCCUGGUGGUGCUGAACCUGGUGAUAUUCCUGAUCAUCUUCAUGCUGGUGUUGCUCCCGAUCAUUCUCACCAAGUACAAGAUUACCAACAGCACUUUCGUGCUCAUUCCGUUCAAAGACAUGGAUAUUCAGUGCACACUGUAUCCAAUCAGUAGCUCUGGGCUCAUUUACUUCUACAGUUACAUCAUAGACCUGCUGUCUGGCACGGGAUUCUUGGAGGAAACCAGCCUUUUCUAUGGACACUACACCAUUGACGGUGUAAAAUUCCAGAACUUCACGUAUGAUCUGCCCCUGGCUUACUUGAUAAGUACAAUCGCCUACCUGGCUCUGAGCCUCCUUUGGAUAGUGAAAAGGUCAGUGGAAGGGUUCAAGAUCAACCUGAUUCGGAGCGAGGAGCACUUUCAGAGUUACUGUAAUAAGAUCUUCGCUGGCUGGGACUUCUGCAUCACCAACCGCAGCAUGGCCGAGCUGAAGCACAGCAGCUUGCGGUAUGAGCUCCGAGCAGACCUGGAGGAAGAGAGAAUACGGCAGAAAAUAGCAGAAAGGACCUCAGAAGAAACCAUCCGCAUUUACUCUUUGAGGCUGAUUUUGAACUGCAUCGUGCUGGCCGUGCUAGCGGCCUGCUUUUAUGCAAUCUACCUAGCAACUACCUUCUCGCAAGAACACAUGAAAAAAGAAAUUGACAAGAUGGUUUUUGGGGAGAACCUGUUGAUAUUGUACCUUCCGUCCAUUGUGAUUACCCUGGCCAAUUUCAUUACCCCAAUCAUCUUUGCCAAGAUCAUCCACUACGAGGAUUACUCACCAGGCUUUGAGAUCCGCCUGACCAUUCUUAGGUGCGUCUUUAUGCGGCUGGCCACCAUCUGUGUGCUGGUGUUCACGCUGGGCUCCAAGAUCACAUCCUGUGGCGACAGCACAUGUGAACUCUGUGGCUAUAACCAGAAACUCUAUCCGUGCUGGGAGACUCAGGUGGGACAGGAAAUGUACAAGCUGAUGAUCUUCGACUUCAUCAUCAUCCUGGCUGUGACACUGUUUGUGGAUUUCCCUAGGAAGCUCCUGGUGACCUACUGUGCCUCCUCAAAGCUGAUCCAGUGCUGGGGGCAGCAGGAAUUCGCCAUCCCGGACAAUGUCCUGGGCAUCGUGUAUGGGCAGACCAUCUGCUGGAUUGGAGCCUUCUUCUCCCCACUCCUCCCUGCCAUCGCCACCUUGAAAUUCGUUAUCAUCUUUUACGUGAAAGAGUUGAGUCUUCUCUACACCUGCAGACCCUCCCCUCGGCAGUUCAGAGCGUCCAAUUCUAACUUCUUCUUCCUGCUGGUGUUGCUGAUUGGGCUGUGCUUGGCCAUCAUACCUCUGACAAUCAGCAUGGCUCGCAUCCCUUCCUCAAAAGCCUGCGGCCCAUUCACCAACUUCAACACCACCUGGGAGGUUAUCCCCCAGACCGUGAGCACCUUCCCCAGCUCGCUGCAGACCCUGAUCCAUGGCGUUACAUCAGAGGCCUUUGCAGUGCCUUUCUUCAUGAUCAUCUGCCUGGUCAUGUUCUACUUCAUUGCGCUGGCUGGAGCACACAAGCGGGUGGUGGCACAGCUCCGAGAGCAGCUGUCCCUGGAGAGUCGAGACAAGCGUUAUCUUAUCCAGAAACUAACAGAAGCUCAACGGGAUGUGCGGAGCCAGCCGGCUUUAGCAUGAAGAUGCUGCCUGCAACUCCUCAGCACAUAACUCUGACGACCCUACAAAGUCCACCGGGGUUUGAGUGGAAAUGGCUUUUGGUGACUUAGCCAAGCAGGCUGACCCCCAGCCUGACCCCACAGGGAGUGGUGGCUCGCCGUGGGCUCCACCAAAACACUAACGUCUCAAGCUGCUCAGCCUCUCAAGAUCAGAGAGGGGAGACUUUUAUUUAUUUUGUUUUUGUUUAGACUUUUGUAUUAUUUUUAAAAAGGGUGUGUGUGUGUGUGUGUGUGUGUGUGUGUGUGUGUGUGUGUUGUGUUUUAGAGUAAAACUGAGAGUUCUUUGGAAGCCUUUCCAAAUGCCCUCCCAAUGCCACUGUGACUUAAAAUGAAACCUGACUGCUUUUUUUUUUUUUCAAAUGGACAGGAAGCUUCAGAUGCUAAGGCUUAGAACAGCUGACAGGAAUGUACAGAGGCCAUCAUGGUGGCAGAAAGGAAGUCCAUCCCUGCUGUGUACCCCGGACACACUUGAAUUCCCUCCCAGGCCAGUCAGUAUCCCUCCCUUGAGCAGGAGACUGGGGCAGGUGGCAGCCUCAGCUUCUCAGCUCUCUGGGACUUUUCUCCAGCCUUGUUCACUCCUCCAGGGAAAGUGACCUUAGCCAACUGGUUAGCCACCAGCCUUUAGUCUCCACCUGGCCCCAAGUUCUAAGAUCUGGUGACAGGAUUGAAGAGGGGUCUAACCGUGCAAGGUGCACAGAGAGUUCCUCUCUGUUCUCCAAGUGUCAUUCCUCUUCCUUGCAGGAGCUCUUCACUCCUGAAGGACAUGGAGUGUAUCAGAGCCAGGCUGCAACAUGCCUUUUGGUACUGGAGCUGGGUUUAAGGAUCAGGGGUUAUAUGUGUGAUGUCAGAUACAGGUCCACAGCCUAAGAACAGUCCAUAACGCAAGCAUGCGUUAGGUUCCGACUACUUAAGUAUACAUUUCAAAGGGCUAGGUUUUGUUUGCCCGAGUUUAAAACUUUGUGUGUGUAUAAAAACUUUGUUUUUAUAAAACAUUACAAAGACAGAGUAUCUCUUGAGAUCUCCUGUAUCGUAAAAGCUGUAUUUAAUAAAUACCUCAUCAUGAGCCUCCCCAGAGGUGACCCUUUUAGUGGUGUCUGAUUUGAUCUGCUGUCACUCAGUGUGCUGCUGUCCUGUGAUGGACAGGUGGAGUCUUGUACUGUUUUUCACUGACUCCUAACCUUUACAUUUCAAUUAAUGUUUAGAAAGCUGCCAGGAAGGAUUUCCCUUCUCUGACCACUGUGUUGUUCUUCAAAGUGAUUGGCUUUUCCCUCUGGAAGCAAAGCAAACUUGUUGUGGCUUAUAUGUCUGUCUGUGUAUAAAGGGUGCUUUGUCAGGGGCGUGUGUGUGUGUGUGUGUGUGUGUGUGUGUGUGUGUGUGUGUGUGUCCAUGUCAUGUCUGAAUUCGUAUAAAGGGCCCUUGGUCAGGUGUGUCUGUGUGUGCACAUGCACAUCCGGAGGUGGAACUCAUAUCUUCAAACUCAGCACAAUCCUUUCUUUCAUCUUCCAUGAGGCUGUUAACCUGGGAUAUUUUUGUUCCUGUGGGAACGUGUGCUUCCUAACAUUUUCUUGUGUUUGAAGAUCUAUGAGGUUUUAAGCCCAACAAGAGUAGUUUUGAGUAAACCAAAGUUCAUUCCAUCCUCAUUUUACAAAUCCUAGUUGUUGGCAUUUUUGCCUAGUGUCUCCAUGCAACACUCUUGCCCUCACUGUGGCCCUGAUGAUCUGCCUUCCUGUGUUUGUGGGAAUGGUGGAUAAAAUGAAUGAUAUAUUUUAUUACAAAACAGAUACCAAAAUAUGCCAAUUGUAUGUUGGUUUUAGUUAGAGCUGCUCAUGUGCUUACCCCUUACUUGAAUAUUUUUCAUAACUUUGAAUAACCAGGCAAUGUCUAUAGUUUUAAAGUGUGGCUCUCUAACAGGUAUGUGUGAAACUACUGAUACAGUGUCUUGGAAGUUUAAAGUAUGGUUGUCCCGCAAUACUCUGUUGCUCUUUGCCACUGAAGUUAGAGGAAGUAGCAUUUUGACAUCCAUGGAUGUGUUAGGUGAGUCUUGUCUCUUCUCGGCUAUUCAAAAGAAAAAGCAUGUUUGUGUGUUUUGAAGAUAUCUUAAGCAUUUUAUAUAUUGCUACCAUUGAAAGCCACUGUUUGUAUUUAUUUUACUAUUCUAUAAAGAUAUAAUAAAUAUUGAAAUAGCUAUA